GAUUGAUCCCCUGCAUAAUCAAUACUUUGUAGCAACUGUUGGUUAAGUUUUGUAUUUGGUGGUGAUGCAGGACCAGGAUGCUCAUCCUUUGGAUAUGGAUCAUUUCUACAACUUGGACCUUUCAGAGUUCAUAGUGACGGAAAAACAUUGUACAUGAACGACUAUUCUUGGAACAAAGUGGCAAAUGUACUGUUCCUGGAAUCUCCGGCUGGUGUGGGGUUUUCCUAUUCCAACACAACCUCUGACUAUAACACCACUGGCGACAAGAGAACGGCGGAGGAUACAUAUACCUUUCUAGUUAACUGGUUUGAGAGAUUCCCGCAGUACAAAACCCGGGAUUUUUACUUAACAGGAGUGAGCUAUGGUGGUCGUUUUGUGGCACAGCUGGCUUACACCAUUGUAGCCCAUAAUCAGAAUCCCAACCAGACAUUCAUAAACCUCAAAGACAUUGCUGUGAGUCAU